CAAUGCUAUUUGAAACGUGGCUGAUGCCGUGGUCGAUUCGCCGACGUAAUUAUUCGUGUACCUUCCACGAGUUCACGACGUUACUCCGCCAGUAAACGCGUGUGUUGUCCAACGUCAGACAUCUGUGAUCUUUCAAUUCGGUACAACACGCUCCAAAAAUCAUGUGGCAGAAACUUACUCUCUCGAUCCUCGCGACGCUUGUGGUCGCCGCCGCCGGCGGUAGUGAAGGCGGCGAGGAAAGCGGUGCCCGCCUUCUCGUUUCCAAGCAAAUUAUGAACCGCUACCUUGUUGAACAGAUGGAUGUUGUAGUGCGUUACACACUCUUCAACGUCGGCAAUUCAGCCGCGAUCAACGUCAAGCUUACCGAACAGGGCUUCCCAGCGGAGGCUUUUGACGUCGUCGGAGGGCGUUUGGAAGCACAUAUUGACCGUAUUCCACCUCAGACAAAUCUCACUCAUGUGGCUGUUGUCCGACCGACCAAGUUUGGAUAUUUCAACUUCACUGGUGCUGUUGUUGAGUACAAAGCUAGUGAAGAUGCCAAAGAGAUUCAACUUUCCUUCAGUUCUGAACCGGGUGAGGGCGCUAUUGUUGCUUUCCGCGAUUACGAUAAGAAGUUCUCCUCUCACGUACUGGACUGGUUGGCGUUCGCCAUCAUGACCCUGCCAUCCCUCGUCAUCCCCUUCGUGUUGUGGUUCAACAGCAAGACCAAGUACGAAGCGCUGGCGCGACCUGCCAAGAAGACCCACUAAUUCUGCCAGUCAAGGCAGACUCGACACACAAUCGUCGUUCAUUUCUUUUCCUGCUAAAUAAUUUACGAGCGCCCUCUGAUGACAGAGAGUGUCGAUCAUUAUUUAUUCAUACUUUGUUGCGUAUUUUGUAAAGAAAAAGCGAAGAAAACGAGCAAUGCUCUCGUCCAUCACUACAUCGAGGACGUUGCGACUGCAAUAAAAUAUUUUGUACGUAUGUUA